AAUUUGCACCAGAUGACCACUUGGGGAUGGAGGUUUUUAGGGAGGUGAGCGUUUCCUCACACGACAUGAGAGCGCAGCGCACAAAUUAACUUAUUCUAUGGAGUAGAAAUGGAUCCAGUCUCGGUACAUUAAAUAUAAUUUUCCUAUGCACUUCUCAGAGCAUCAAGUGAAUCAUGGAAAUGUCAGACGUCAUCGUGAGAUUGGAGAGUCGCAUUAGCUGCACUUGAUCGACACAAAGGGAAUGCCUCAGACGCCUGUGCCAACUGCCAUUUGGGAAUGGAUACCGGUAAUUUCAUAGCGGUCAUCUGCUUUCUGCUUUUUUCGUGCGCCGGGCCACUAUCAUCCUCACCCGCCAGCGACUUUUGUCCAGAACGCUGUGACUGCCAGCACGCGCAGCACCUCCUGUGCACAAACCGCGGGCUGCGCGUGGUGCCCAAAGUCGCCUCAAGGGUCCCCCAGGACGUGCUCAUCUUCAGCCUCGGUGGGAACUUCAUCGGUAAUAUCUCCGCUUUUGACUUCACGCGGUACAGUAAUCUAAUAAGACUGAAUCUGCAGUACAAUCAAAUACAUUCUAUCCACCCAAAAGCGUUCGAGAAACUCUCCAAAUUAGAGGAGCUGUAUUUGGGCCAUAAUCUAUUAUCAACCAUACCCCUUGGAACUUUACAAUACCUGAAUAAAUUGACUACUUUAUAUAGUAAUAACAAUGAUAUUCAUAACAUUUCUCCAGAAUUGUUUGGUAAUUUGGAGAACCUUGUUAAACUGCGUCUGGAUGGGAACGCAAUAGAAAUGUUGCAGGACUCUGUUUUUAAAAGGCUCACAAAUCUGCAUUAUCUCCAUCUAGAAUCGAACCAGCUACACCACGUCCAUAAAAAUGCAUUCUCGAUGCUCACCAAACUCCGCUUUUUAAACUUGUCUCACAACAAGCAGUCAGCUGUGCGUAAUGUUUUCACAUUUUCCCAGCUCAGGGCUCUGACAACGCUCAUUAUGUCCGAUAAUGAAAUUCAACACGUCGGUAAUCACGUCUUCCAAAAUCUUAAGAAACUGUCAAAACUCUCCCUCAGCAACAACAAAAUAUCUCGUUUGGAAAAAGAGGCUUUGAAUGGUCUCACGAGCGUGAGAGAAUUUUUGAUUGAUGGGAAUGAGCUUGAGGAAAUCCCAGCGGGAAUUCUUGACUCGCUGGUGCACGUCGAAGAGCUGGAUUUAAGUCGCAACCGGAUUUCUACAGUGGAUUCAACGGCAUUUACACAGUUGAAGCACCUUAGGACAUUGAAAUUAAAAGACAACCGGCUGACGAGUCUCUCCGGUAAUAUAUUUGCCCUCAACAGUCUCCUGUACGAUUUAGAUCUCCAUGGCAACAACUGGACGUGCGACUGUCGCCUAGGGGAACUGAAGCGGUGGAUGACCUCAGCGCAUUCUCAAGGCAAGCUGCUGACUGUCUUUGUGCAGUGUCAUCACCCUGCAACCCUGAGGGGCAAGUAUUUGGACUAUGUCAACAACUCCCAGUUGCAACCCCCUGGGAACUGGACCACAUUAUGUGAGAGCCAAAUUAAUCCUGAGGAGAGCAGAGGUGGCGGGGUCUUGGAGAAGGACAGGGGGAGGAGGGAGGGGAAUGGAAUGAUGGAGGAGAGGGGAAGAGGAGGAGGACAGGAGAGAAACGUGGGUAGGAGAGGGACAGAACGAGAGGAUAGAGAAACAGUAGAUGUGGAGAGGAGAGAUGGGAGAGAGGGAGAAGAGGAGAAAAAAGAAAUGAAAAAAGAGGUCGGUAUCCAGGGAGACCAAGGAGGUACAGUGGACAAAUCUCCAUCAAAUGAGAAUAGGAAGAGAAAGAAAAAGAAAAAUCUGCCCGCUGCAGAGGUUGCUGGGAAGGGUGAGAAAGGUAGACAGGGUUCAACACUGGGCGGCAACACUCCCACGACAGAACCCCAAAGCCACACCACCAGCAGCGCCCUAGAGCCCCACAGCCCAGUCCCAGAGCUGACCACACCUGCAGUCCAGAGAGACGAGGGCUUUGACAUGCUGAGGGCUGAGAAGGACGACGUCUUACCUGUGGUCACCGACCCUUGCGUGUUCAACCGUCAUUUCAUCACCAAUGUGACCGUGGAUCAAGUCACCUCCAGCACUGCCACGGUCCACUGGACCACCCGUGACCACAACCACCAUACAUCGGGACUUGGAACGAGACUGGACGAGGUCCACUACCGGGUUCUGUUUGAUCGCUUUGGGACCACCGAGCGUUUCCCCCGCUACGUGUACGCCCGUGGUGCCGCUCGCUCCGUCAUGCUGCGGGAGCUUAUUCCAUACGUCACUUACAUGGUGUGUGUGGAGGGUGUGGUGGGAGGGGCAGUGUGUCAGGUGGCGCCCCGUGACCAUUGUGCUGGAUUGGUUACCCUCGUAGAGGGGCGUCGCUCAGGCCAGGGACUAACCUCUGACCUCCAGCUGGUCACCGUGGCAACCCUGGCAGGUAACGGCGUGCUCCUGCUGGUGAUUGGCGGAGCGUGGCUGGGGCGGAGCCUGAAGCGACGGCUGCAGAGGAGGAAGUCGGCAGUACAUGUCCGCCACAUGUACUCCACCCGGCGACCGUUUCGUUCAGCCAUGGCAACGGCAGCCGUGUCUUCAGACUUCACAAGCUUCCAGAGCAGUCGUCUGCCCCGACUGGGACCUCUGGAGGAGGGGGACCUCAUCGAGUUCCCCUGCGACCGCUUUCUAGACAGCAGCACCACCCACAGGGAGGACAUGCAGAGGUUCUCUGACUAGAACCUAGAACAAUCAAACCCAACAGUACCGUGACAGCUUGUCGUGACAGAUCCACUCAAAUCCCUCCACCCCCCCCCCCCCC